AUUUCCCGGCCGUGGUGGCGCCAGGGAAUGUUUUGAAAUUCACACGGUGUGGGAGGAGGGGGGAGGCAGGGGAGCCCCGGCCGUGGGGAAGACUGACGCGGUGCAUCUGUGUGGGAGGGGGCGGGGGGCUUCCUGCCGGAGACCCCGCCAUAAACGGCUUGACCGGGGGACCCAGAACAGCGAAGAGAUUUUUCCCUUCUGCACUUGACGGCACAAAGAAAGGGCCACCAUGCCAACUGUUGUGGUCAUGGAUGUGUCCCUCUCCAUGACCCGGCCGGUCUCCAUCGAAGGCUCCGAAGAAUAUCAGCGGAAGCAUUUAGCAGCCCAUGGUCUGACCAUGCUUUUUGAGCACAUGGCUACCAACUACAAAUUGGAGUUUACCGCCUUGAUUGUGUUUUCAUCUCUCUGGGAGCUGAUGGUCCCCUUCACAAGAGACUACAACACUCUCCAGGAAGCCUUGAGUAACAUAGACGACUACGACAAAACCUGCUUGGAGUCGGCCCUGCUGGGCGUUUGCAGCAUCGUGCAGCAGGAGUGGGGCGCUGCCAUUCCUUGCCAGGUUGUCCUGGUCACCGAUGGCAGCUUGGGCAUUGGGAGGGGCUCCCUCCGCCACUCCCUGUCCACACUCAGCCAGCGGAGUGAAAGCAACCGGUUCCCGCUGCCUUUCCCAUUUCCAUCCAAGCUUUAUGUCAUGUGCAUGGCGAACCUCGAAGAGCUCCAGAGCUCCGAUUCUCUAGACCACCUUGAACGGCUCAUUGACUUAAAUAAUGGAGAGGGGCAGAUUUUUACCAUCGAUGGGCCCCUUUGCUUGAAAAACGUACAGUCGAUGUUUGGAAAGCUAAUAGAUGUGGCGUACACACCCUUCCAUGCAGUGUUGAAAUGUGGCCAUUUGUCUUCAGAUGUGCAAGCUUUUCCCAGGCCGGAGCCAUUCGUUAUAGAUGAAGAAAUCGACCCAAUCCCUAAAACAAUUAACACAGAUCUGGAAAUCGUUGGCUUUAUUGACAUAGCAGAUAUCGCUAGCCCGCCAGUCCUGUCAAGACACCUGGUGUUGCCUAUCGCACUCAACAAAGAAGGAGACGAGAUGGGUCCAGGGAUCGCCGAGGAUGUUGAAGAUGAGAAUUCAGCCAAUCAGAUCGCAGGAAAGAUCCCCAACUUCUGUGUGCUGCUUCACGGGAGUCUGAAAGUGGAAGGAAUGGUGGCAGUUGUUCAGUUGGGACCCGAAUGGUACGGAAUGCUCUAUUCUCAAGCCGAUAGCAAGAAAAAGUCCAACCUAAUGAUGUCUCUCUUUGAGCCAGGACUGGAGCCCCUUCCUUGGCUGGGCAAGAUGGCCCAACUUGGUCCCAUCUCAGAUGCGAAAGAGAACCCCUACGGGGAAGAUGACAACAAGAGCCCCUUCCCUUUGCAGCCCAAGAACAAGCGAAGCUACGCUCAGAAUGUCACAGUGUGGAUUAAACCAAACGGCCUGCAGACGGAUGUACAGAAGAUACUCAGGAAUGCAAGAAAACUCCCUGAGAAAACACUGACCUUCUAUAAGGAACUGAACCGCCUGCGGAAGGCCGCCUUAGCCUUCGGGUUCUUGGACCUGCUGAAAGGGGUGGCGGAUAUCCUGGAGAGAGAAUGCACCCUCCUGCCUGACACGGCGCACCCCGACGCGGCCUUCCAGCUCACCCACGCGGCCCAGCAGCUCAAAAUGGCGAGCUCCGGAUCUUCCGAGUAUGCAACUUACGACCAUAACAUCACACCGCUGCAGACGGACUUCUCUGGCAGUGGGACGGAGCGGAUGUGAGCAGCUCCUGGGCAGAGACUCUCUGGACAAUUCACGUUCUAGAACAGGGGUAUCAAACUCCGUUUGAUUGAGGGCCGCAUCAGGGGUGUGGUUGACCUGAGGGGGGUAUCGGGGCGUGACCAACUGUGUGGGCAUGGCCAGCUUGACGCCACUCCCCAAACUGCUGGCAUGUUUCAUCUUUGGGUUGGGUAGACGGGGAUGAAGCGACGCUGGCCGGUCCCUUAAAUUUUCCAGACGGCCUGCGUGCCUUGUUUGACACCCCUGUUCUAUAAAAUGUCGAGACUGCUUUCCUCACCCAGAUUGGGUUUUUAUUAAACCUCCUCCCUUUGUA